AUAGGUAAUUGUUUUGGCAUUAAUGGUUAUACAUUUAUUUGGUUUGAUGGGGAUUCUUGGUAUUCGCUUAAGUGCUAUUCCAGCUGUAAUUCUGAUAGUAGCUGUUGGCAUUGGAGUGGAAUUUACAACUCACUUUACCAUGGGAUUUCUAACUAGCGUUGGAAGUAGAAAUAAACGGAUUGCUAUGGCAUUAGGACAUAUGUUUGCACCUGUUGUUCAUGGUGCAAUGUCUACACUUUUGGGAGUUAUUAUGCUUGCUUUUUCAGAAUUUGAUUUCAUAAUAAGGUAUUUCUUUUAUGUGCUGUUAGCAUUAGUUGUUAUUGGGUUAUUCAGUGGUUUGAUGUUCUUACCUGUGAUACUUUCUAUUGCUGGACCUCCAGGAGAGGUUGUACCUCAUGAUAAUUCAGAUCGAAUUCCUACUCCAUCACCAGAACCACCACCACACCAUAGAAUCCAAGGAGGACGCUAUUUCAGCAAACGUUGUUAUCCUGGAAUGAAUUCAGAAAUAUCAUUAACAACAAUUACUGAAGAACCACCUUCAUUUCAAUCAUCCCACGAAAUUGUAGUUGAACCAGAAGUGAUUGUAGAAACUACAACAAUUACAAAUCAAUCUGUAACUCCAAAUUCAUGCUCAAAUUCUUCUAAAAAUAUUGAUGAUGAAAAUGCAAUUAACGAAAAAAGAGAAGCUGAACCACAAGAAUCAAUAUUAAAUCAAAGUAAAUCUACAACAAAUUCAAGUAAUUCAAAGAAUACAGCAGUAACAACAACGCGAGUUACAGCAACUGCUAAAGUUAAAGUAGAAGUGCAUACUCCUCUUCCAGGUUCAACAGAAAGACAACUCACUUUGAAACAUACAAGAUGGAGAGAUGAAAAUACUACUUCUAAAAGUGAUGAAACUUCAAUUUAAAUUUAAAAUUCUAAGUCAAAAAUUGUCAAUACCAGGGUAUAUUGUAUUGAAGUUUUACAUUAACUUAUGCUGCACAGAAUGUAAAUUUUGUAAAAUAUUGUACAAAUAUAUAACAAAAAGUAAUAUGAAAUACAUCUUUAUUAAUUGGAUAUAUUCUGCUUAAUUGAAAACUAAGUCAACUAACAUCACAAGAAGUAUACAACACAAAAUGAACUGGAAGUCAUGCCUGAUGCUAGUCUUUGCUUCUUUUUCAAAAUAAACAGGAACCAUCCAACAAAAUUUUUGCUCAAAAGAAAGUGAACAAUUAAAUUAAUUUUUGCUCAAAAAUUUUUCAACUUUUAUUUCUGAAAGCUCAGGAGUUGGAAUAUGUUCAAAAUUACACUUUUUGAUAAUAUAUUAUAGAUAAAAUGUGACCAGGUGGACAGUUAAUUUUCUUAACUAGUACAAAAAUUGUUUUGAUCAACUUUUUUUUUUUACCUUUCCAGUAUGUAAUGUAAAUGAGUUGUUUACUUAAUAGAUAAAUAUUUAUUUAUUUUUGUAAGAUAUUUGUUGGAAA